AUGGAUGAGCGACCUUAUUCGUGCGAGGAAGCCGACGAACACAUCAAGCAAAUCCGCAGAACUCGGGGGGUUGACAAUGAUGGGAUACAAAACAUCACAAGCGCCAAUCUUGAGGAUCUCGAGGCGUCUAUCUCGAUCCUCGCCGAAGGGCUCUACGAGAAAUCAACACAUUUCUUGUUGGAAUUGAUACAAAAUGCCGAUGAUUGUGCAUACGACACACCGACACCUCGAAUGUUGAUCAGCUACUUGGAUGAACGUCUCCGCUUGGACUACAACGAGGUAGGAUUUACUAGGCGCGACGUCGAGGCACUUUGCAGAAUUGGUCGGACCACAAAGUCGAACUCUGGAAAUAAAAUAGGUGAAAAGGGGAUCGGAUUCAAGUCCGUCUUCAAAAUCGCCGACGUUGUCUCGAUACUGUCUGGCUACUACUCGUUCAAAUUCGACAGGACGAAAUCAAACCUUGGCAUGAUCACUCCUGAGUGCGACGCGUUUCCGGCAAAGGUACUUCCUGGCUUCACCUCGGUAAUAUUACACCUACGUGACAGGCGUGGCCAGACGGAUUUGGUCGACGAAAUGAGAUCAAUGGACCCGAGAUGCUUAUUGUUUCUGAGAAACUUGAAGCAAAUUCAUGUUACUGUCUCGCCUCCGGAUGACCACAACUGGGAAAUCACUCUAAGCCGCAUUGAUGAUCAAAGUGGCGAUGAAGCUCUGCGAACUACAACCUUGAGUUACGGUGAUAAGUCUGUGACUUACUUGGUUCAUCAGCACAUUGCUACUUCAUUGCCCGACGAGCAGAAACGCCGUGGGCGCGAGAUGUCUGCUAUCUUGUUGGCAUUUCCGCACAACGAUGCUCCAGAGACCGAACUUGAGCAACAGCAAGUAUAUGCAUUCCUUCCAAUACGCAAUUAUGGUUUCACGUUUCUCAUUCACGCCGACUUUCUGCUCAUCGCGAAUCGCGGGGAUAUUGACAGCUCGUCCCAAUGGAACCUCGCGCUUCGUGAAGCCAUCCUGGAUGCUUUCUUGAAAGCUGUUCUGUAUUUACACGGCACGGCGUUUCGCUAUACCUGGCCUAGAUACUUACCAAGCGGUCCAAAUACAUUCGACUUCUUCUGGAAAUUCCGUACUGCGUUAGCCGUCAGACUUCUAAAAAUGGCCAUCAUUGAGACCGAAGAUGGUCAGCUGAAGACACCGACCACUGUCAGAUAUGUUCCGAGAUGUUUCAGAGAUGAGAACAACGUCCCUUUGAUUUCAAGUGCAGCGACAAAAUCGAAAUACCUUUCCCACAAGUACUCGGCAUCUGACAUCAAACGGCUGAGGGACAUUGGAGUCACCACACUAUCCGAUGAAGAGUUUCUUGAUGACCUCCGAGGCUUCCUUUCCGGCCGCAAUGCUGCCAUGCCGGAAGCAUGGCAUUCCAACAUAGCGAGAGCCCUGUUGCCAUUGACCACGCGUUUCAAACGGAAAAUAUCCGAUCUCAACCUUAUUCUGUUGAGCAACGGUCGCCGGGUGGCAGCAUCGGCCAGCAAUAUAUUCUUUCCAGGAAGCAGCCCAGACAAUUCUAUCCCAGCAGGUAUUGAGGUAUUUGAGGUACACCGGGAUAUCUCAAAGGAUCACAAUUGUCAACAACUCUACGCACUCCUUGGGAUCAAGCAAAUUACCAACCCUUUUAUCCAAAAACUGAUUUUGAAGAAGCACUUGAAUGACUUAUCGGGGCCAAAGACACCCCUAUGCGAGUUACUAUCCCAAGCGCAUUUUCUCUUCAAAUCGGGGUGGACGAACCCAAUCGAUCAUUUUUGGGUCGUCACGACGACUGGAGGAAUAUGUCGUUCACAGGAGGUAUAUGUUGAUACAGACGAGAACGAGAAAUACUCCGCAUCACGAUAUCUGGACAGAAAGGAGUUUCCUUUCUUAAACCAGAGCUAUGACAAAGGAAUUGCAUCAGAAGAAUUUCUGUCGUGGAGAACUUGGCUGCGCAAAACACUUGGACUCUGGAAGAUCCCCCGUCUUGUCAAGACUUCAGGCAACAUCAUCCAUCCAGAGUUGUCAAACGACUUUCGCUAUAUCCUUAAGGAGUGCAGUUCCCGGCAGUUCUUGGUGCUCCUCAAGCAGAACUGGCCGCUAUACUCUGAGUAUAUUUCCCAGACCCAGCUCAGUGCCGUGCGAUCUGAGUUGUCAUCGGUUCGUGUUGAUUGUCGCGAUGGCAGCCAGCAUGAUCUGAAAGCCACAUCUACAGGCUAUUUCAUGCCAGAGGAGUUCCGCUCAGAAUACACGUUCCUCCCACCAAUACUCGACAUUCCAAACCCGCAAGAUGACGGAUGGACUUUUCUAAAAGUGUUUGGAGUAACUGUCAACCGUGAUCUUAACACUUAUCUUGGUAUCCUAAGGAGAAUCCAAGGUCGUAAGGUCUCAGUCGACUUCGUUCGUUGGCUAUAUGAACGAAUUCAGGGUCAAUGUGAAGACAAUCCGGUCCUCGUGUUUGACACGUUUGUGCACGAAAAUCUCGUUUACAUACCGAGUUCCUCAAUGAAUGACCUUCCAAAUUGGGUCAAUCUGAACAAAUGCGUGUGGACAGGGCCCAUAUGUCUAAUGCAGUCACACAAGCUCAGCGAAAUCCAUCCAGACCACAGAAUACUCUUUGUGAAAUACCUCAAAGUCAAUGAUGCUGGAUUCGAGACUUUGGUAUUGGAAGCUAAAGCCAUCACACCUUCACUUCCUCUGGCCCACAUCGCUGGCAUUUUCAAGGAGCUUAGCAAGCUUUUACCGGAUCCAGUAUCUGUGAAAGCCACAGACGCAAUACGGAGUCUUCUCGCUCUAAAUAUCUUUCCGCUUGAUGAAGGAGGUGAUUCCAGUAUGGGCUUUGACGAGCUCUCCUCCGGCACCGCCGAAUCUGAAUGGUACAUCGCCGAUCAAGCACACCUUCGGCAGUGCUUUCAAGCUCGGGUGUCUUUGCUCGCUUUCGCAGUGGAAGACGUGCAGGCGAUCCUGCGACUGCUAGGUAUACUGAACUUAAAAGGGAGGCUACUGUCGAAGGUUGCAAAAGAAAGACACAAAAUUGAGGGAGGUAAGGCACGAGGCACGGAGACCGAUAUGUUGUAUCGUGAAAAAGCAAAAUUUCUUGACCGCCUGAUGCCAGAAACAGUACGAGAAAGGCAACAAAUUUUGCACCAUUUGGAGAAUGUGGAAAUUUGGCACGCGGACAGCAUCCUCGGAGGAUGGGACAUCGAGACAAAGAAUCCUACGUCAGGCGUAACCCAUCAAGAAAGCACUUACCUCGACACUCAGACAGACAGGCUGAGGAUAUACCUCCGAGACGGCUUAUCAUGCCCCCCACUAGAGCUAGCAGAGCAACUGGCCGCCUUCUGCGGUGUUCAGGAUUGCGAGGCGUUGAUACUCAACAUUAUGGGUCAAGCGAGCUCCACCAUCAUCGAGGAUACUCUCAACCGCCGUGGAAUUCCAGAGAAAAGAGAAAAGAUACCAUCGCAAGCUGGAGCUUCGCCCUAUCCUGCUGCACAACACAAUGAGGGGAAAGCUUCGGCGAACGAACAGAGCUCGGCAAGUGCUGAAAAGGCACAAGUUCGUGGAACCCCUCGUAGAUUUCAGGAAAAGUGGGUUGGGGCCGGGGCCGAUGAAGGACAGCAGGAAGACGAGGAGCCACCCUUGAAAAGUAUCAUCCACGAUGAGGUGAAAAUUGACAUUGACGAGCUCGGGAUGCAGCGGCAGUCCUGGGAAGAUCUUCCGGAUGUCAACCCUACGGAUAAUCAAGAUUUGAAUGAACAGAGAACGAGACCAGCAGCUUCAACAAAGCGAUCGGUGAAUGGUGAAAAUAUCAUGUCGAAGUCGAAGCCAGUCGGUUCAACAUUGCCCAAAGAAAGCUCGUCAAGGCGGCCCAAUUAUGUUCCCCUUGUUGAUGCUCCCACGACGGGAGAAUAUGUCCUGCCUCGAGGAGAAUCCUCAAGACGGAAACGCAAAGCAGUGGCGAGGGGUGGUUCUCACGGCAUUGAAGCUUUGGAACAUCCAAGAAUUGUUGGCUACCCUAACUACAUCUAUGUCACAAAUUGUGAGGAACUCCCUCCCGAAAAUUUCUCAGACCAACCACUUGGAGGAAUUGUACUCCCAGGUCGAGCGCAAAUUUCCCGUUCAGGAGAAUGCACCGUCUUUCUUGCGGUGGAGCCAGCCUACAAGGUCGAUAGUCACACCGAAUUCCUAGGAGAGCUUUAUGUCUCUCAGCUCUUCAAGAGGUAUCUUGGAAGAAGAUAUGAUCCAGACACUCACUGGACUAGUCGAUACCGCCGCGAGGCAGGACAUACAUCUUUCCAGACAGAGAAGCAGUCUACGGCCACGUUCACAUUUUCCGAUGGAUCAGCCAUGACAGAAUUCCUCAUCCAGUCCGGUUCCGGAUUCAGGAGGAAUGGGGACUACCCCAAUUUCCACAUCUUUGUGAAAACUACAAACGGAGGGCAAGAGUCUCUGUUCACAAUCAGGGCAGAUGAGAUGGAAAUGAUUCGAAGGUAUCGGUUGUUACCUGAGGACAAACGACCGUCUCAAGUCAUCAUACUUGUAAGAGUGUAUGACAUGGAGUCAACCGCCAGCGCGUCAUUCUUCAUAGAUCCAUGGCGCAUGUAUGCCGCCGGUGAGAUCCAGAUAUACGCGCAAAACGGCUCUUAUAUUGCCAAAACCCAGCUUGCUUCACCAAAUCUCUUGUUUAAACACUUCGAGAUGGGGGUCCUGGACGAUGAACGGAAGUACAAAUAUGAGCCUCUUGAAAAAGGUGCCUUCAUGCGCUUGUUGAGGCUUCAUCCAGGACGUGGUUUGAAAGCACUGAAAGGGAAGUUGGAACGUGUUUCACUCGAGGACACCAAGCAAAGAUAUCCCUUUACAGCCUUAUCCUAUGUCUGGGGCAAUAGCUUAAAACCCUACGUUCUCGCCAUCGAAGGUUACGCUUUACGAAUCACUGCUUCACUUUACUUCGCCCUGAAACAGCUGCGAGAAGAAAAACACUCCAUCCUGGUAUGGGCUGAUGCUAUCUGUAUCGAUCAGGACAAUGAUAUAGAGAAAGGCCACCAGGUGCGUUUGAUGUCAAAAAUCUACAAGUCGGCCAUGCGUGUGUGCGCAUGGUUGGGGAAUGAAGCAGAUCAGAGCAAUUUUGCAAUCGACUGGCUCUGCAAGAUCAAAAGGACUGCGAAGCCUCGAAUCGAGGUGCUUUAUCCAGUGUGGGACGUUAUAAAGAAGUUUUUUCGACGCGAUUGGUUUCAUCGGGUCUGGAUAAUCCAAGAGCUUGUUCUUGCGCGCCAUAUCGACUUGCGAUGCGGCAACCGAAAGUUUGAGUGGGAUGACAUUUAUGUCCCGGCCACCUUAUGCUCAAGGGAAGCAGAGAAGUCAAAUGCCGCUUUGAUGGCGUCGGUUAAAAAGACCAUGGCGCCUGUAUUAAGUCUGGGGGGACUGAGGCGUGCAUAUCGCAGCCAGGCCAACACCGCUGCCCAGCGGGAGCUGCUUUCACUACUCAAAGACUUCGAACACACUCGAUCCUCACGCCGGCGGGACAAACUCUUUGCCUUUCUUGGGUUGGCAUGUGACGCAGAUGAUUCUGGCCUCGACCCAGACUACGCCGCACCGCUUGAGACCGUCGUGAGUAAAUAUGCAGCGGUCUUUGUCCGACGUGGGCGAGGAAUGGAGCUUUUGUACCAUGCCGGGGCCACCAAUUUGGAAGCCGAUGCUCGUUUUCCUUCGUGGGUGCCGAACUGGGUGACGACCACCUAUCCGAGGACCAUCACUACCUGGAAGAGCAGAUCCGGACUAUUCAGUGCGUGUUCUCAUCGAAAGGAUACCAUCAGGGUGUCACCACAAAAUGGUUCUAUAUUAACUGCCACCGCUUAUGAUGUCGAUGGAAUCGCUGAAGUGGGAGAGAUCUCGUUUGCAGCAGGAGACCGAACCAGAUGGCUCAAAGAAGUCUUUCGUUUCAUCGAGCGUGUCAACACAUAUCCCACCAAGGACAACCCGAAAGAUCUAUUCUGGAAAGUCCCCAUAGGGGACGCCCUUGAUCCACCAUCCGGGAGCUGGAACGAGGUCGAUUUCCGCGGUUUCCGCGUCUCUUAUGAGGCUUUGGCCGAGUUCUUGCAGAUGGACAAUGACCCCAGUGACUGGAACGUCGAAGUUGCCAAGAUGCGCUCGGUUGCGAAAAUGAAGCAGUUUUUCUUCCGACCCCAGGAAUUGAGGAAGAUGAUGUGGCCUUUUCUUCUUACUGCAGAGGAAUUUGCUCAAAGGUUCGUCGACGCCAAGGUGUGUAGGACUGAAAAGGGCUACAUUGGAAUUGUCCCCGGAGCAGCGCGAAAAGGUAGCCGAGUCGCCUUGUUCUUGGGCAGCGCAGUUCCCUUUGUUAUCGACAAGGGAAAGAAACAUCCUAAUUGUUACCGGCAUCUCGGUGAGUGCUAUAUCCACGGAAUCAUGCACGGUGCCGCGAACCAGAAAUCUGGAUUGUUUAAGAAGCCCCCUCAAGACAUCCACCUUUGCUAA